CCACUCUCUCUCUCUCUCUCACGUCGAUAUUUUUCUUUGCGCCAUUAAUUAGCUUAAGAAAAACAAAGGAGCCUUCAACUCCUCCACCCCUCUGUUUCUGAACUCUCUUUGCUUAAAAGCUUUUCAAUUAGGGUCAAUGUUGAAAAGAUUUCUGCAUGUGUGUAUCAGUGCGUGUGUUUUUGUUUUGUUCCUUCUUUUCAAUUUUUUAGCUUUUCAAAUAUUUUUGGGAGAAUACCCAAAAAAGAACCCACUUUUACUUGAAAGAUCCCAUUUUUAUUUGUUUAUAUAUACAAAACUGAGACCCCUUUCCAUUUAAAAAUAAUGCAUGUGGGCGGAAUCUGAUUUAGAUGGAUGAGUUCUAGACAACAAGAAUGGAAAAGGGCUCUUCUUCUUCUCCUUCUCCUUCUUCUUCCUCCUCCUCUUCCUCCCCUGGCCCGGACUCCCUCAAUGGCUUGAAGUUUGGCAAGAAAAUCUACUUUCCAAAGAGCGGCGGCGCGCCUCCUCUGCCUCCGUCACCGGCCAAGAAGGGGAGGACUGCGGUGGAGCAGCCGCCUAUGUGUCAGGUGGAGGGGUGCAGAGUAGAUCUGAGUGAUGCUAAGCCUUACUACUCAAGGCACAAAGUCUGUGGAAUGCAUUCCAAAUCUCCUAGGGUCAUUGUUGCUGGCCUUGAGCAAAGGUUUUGUCAACAGUGCAGCAGAUUUCAUCUGUUACCAGAAUUCGACCUAGGAAAGCGGAGUUGCCGGAGGCGCCUAGCCGAGCAUAAUGAGCGUAGGAGAAAGCCGCCAGCAGGAUCUCUGUUGUCUCCUCGCUAUGGAAGCCUCUCUACAUAUAAUUUUGACCAUAGCAAAUCUGGAGGCUUUGUGAUGGAAUUCAGCAGCUAUGCAGCUCUCAAUGGACGAGAUUCAUGGCCGGAUACAUCGUCCAAACGAGUAAUGGAAAGUCAAGCUUCCAUCACAGGAAAGUACCAUCUUCCGCUGCAGAGCAGCUCACAGUCGCAGGGCCCCCUGUAUGAUCAACUGCAAGGUACAACGCCAAGGCCCAGUUAUUCUGGUCCCGGAGCAUCCUCACAAGGAUGUUUCGGUGGGGACUCAGACUCUACCAAAGCUCUCUCUCUUCUGUCAACUCAGCCGUGGGCAUCAAGAACCCGGUCCACCAGCCUCAUAGCUAGUAACUUUCCCGGGAAUGAUGGUGCGCCACCUAUGGUUCAUCCAUCCAUCAAUAUUCAUGGUGCUCCAUUCGCAUGCGACCACGAGAUGCCACCCAAUCUUGGUCACGGACAUACCACUCAUGGUGCCAGCAACGAGUUCAUCGGGGAGCUCGGCUUGGGUCAGCCAAGUGAUGUGUACUUCCAUGACCUCGUUCAUUCAAGGGGGUAUGACGCUUCCCUCCAGCAUAUGAAUUGGUCACUUUAAACCCGAACUCAGUCGAAGAUCUUAUGCCUACAAUAAUCGACGUGGAACUUGUAGAACAUGUGAUUGAUGUUCUUUUGUGUUUGCUGUUUGUACCUCUGUAAAAGACACAUGCUUGCAUUUGUUUUUUCAUGCUAUGACGAUGAUUAACUAUUUACUACUUUUCUUCAAA